CCCAGUGCGUGUUCGCGCAACGCUGGCUGUCCGCCGAGACCUCGCCGCGCAUACAGCCUCCAGACUACAGCAGAAGGCGUCCACAGUCCCAGUAACACCGUCUAAACUGCAACAGGCGACAGAAACUUUUCACUAAUUAUCUCAUUUAUAUUUUCCGACACAGCUGUCACAGUUAAAACCGAAUUCGCUUUGGAGACUACUUUUUCAAUGAACGUUGACACAAGAAAAUAAUUUCAUGAACGAUUUUAUUUUGACACAGUCGACUUUUUAAAAUAGAUUACUCGUGUCUUUUCGGUACGCUGCAAUCUAAUGGUCGUUUUUUCUUUUGCCUUGAACGUCUCGGGGGACUUGUGGAACUAAAAACGCCAAAAAAUUAAAGGAGAAGAAAAGUUUUUUGAACACUUCAGAGGUUGUCUUAUUCCAGUAGUCCAUGUUUUCUUUUGUGUUAUCGGGACACUAAUUUGACAAUCAUUUGCACUGUCUUCAACGAGGCCCUUGUAGCGCUGGCCGAAGUACCGUGCACUUUCUAAAAAUCCAGUUGGCAAACUAGUCAACUAACUUGAUUUCUGACUGCCCGGCUCUCGAGCUAGCUAGCUAGCUUGCGAAGAAGCUUACAUCUGUGCAUGUGCAAAAUCUAACGAGGUACCUCGGACACUUAAGCAGGAAAGUUUUUUUCAGACUCUGUGUGUUGCUGUUUAAAAUAUAACAAUGAAGAUAUUAAAAGUGCCUUCAAUAAUUUGCACGUUGGCCGUGUUUUUCGUCUCGGCGAGAGCGGAGCAGAAAUCGAAGAGUUGCAGUGAAGUAAGAAUAGCGUACAGCUCCAAAGGUUUCAACCACAAUGAUGUUCCCAAUCAAGGAGUGAAUGGUGCGCACCUGAAGGUGUGUCCUCAGGGCUUCAGCUGCUGCACGGUGGAGAUGGAGGAGAAGCUGAGCCAGCAGAGCUGCUCCGACCUGAAGGCCCCAGUCAGCCAGCUGAGCGACAGCCUGAGGAGCACCUUCACCCAGAGGCACCAGCACUUUGACCAGUUCUUCCGCGAGCUGCUGGAGAACGCGGAGCGCUCGCUGCACGACAUGUUCGUGCGCACCUACGGCAUGAUGUACAUGAAGAACGCCGAGCUCUUCCAGCGCUUCUUCGGCGAGCUGCGGCGCUACUACGCGGCGGGCGGCGCCGCCGUCAGCCUGGACGCCAUGCUGGCCGACUUCUGGGCCGAGCUGCUGGAGCGCAUGUUCCGCCUGGUCAACGUGCAGUACGACUUCCCCGAGGCCUACAUGGGCUGCGUCAGCCGCCACACCGAGGAGCUCCGGCCCUUCGGCGACGUGCCGCGCAAGCUCCGCCUCCAGCUGACGCGCGCCUUCGUCGCCGCGCGCACCUUCACCCGCGGCCUGGAGCUCCUCCCCGAGGUGCUGGACAAGGUCUCCACGGUGAGAGACUCUCCGGCCUGCGAGCGGGCCGCCAUGAAGAUGCUCUACUGCCCCUACUGCUCGGGCCAGGUGGCCCUCAAGCCCUGCAAGAACUACUGCCUGAACGUGCUGCGCGGCUGCCUGGCCAACCAGGCCGACCUGGACUCGGAGUGGAACAACUUCCUGGAGGCCAUGUUGAGUCUGGCAGAGAGGUUGGAGGGCCCGUUUAAUUUCGAGUCUGUGAUGGACCCCAUCGAUGUGAAGAUCUCUGAUGCCAUCAUGAACAUGCAGGAGAACAGCAUGCAGGUCUCGCAGAAGGUGUUUCAAGGCUGUGGGCAGCCCAAGCUGGCCACGGUCGUCCGGUCCAGCCGGUCCAUCAAAGAUCAAAGCUUCCCUGGCCGCUUCAGACCCUACACCCCUGAUGCCUUGCCCACCACUGCAGCCGGAACCAGUCUCGACAGGCUGCUAACGGAUGUGAAGAAGAAACUGAAGCAGGCGAAGAAGUUUUGGUCCACCCUGCCGGAGAAUGUGUGCGUCGAGGACAGGGUGGAGCCGGGAGAUGAGUGCUGGAAUGGCACUGCCAAGAGCAGGUAUGAGUCUGUCGUCAUGGGCAGCGGCUUGGCCAAUCAGGUGUCGAAUCCCGACGUGGAAGUCGACGUUUCGAAGCCGGACGUGAUGAUCCGCCGUCAGAUCGCGGUACUGAAGGAGAUGACCAACCGACUGAAGGCAGCGCACAGUGGCAAUGACAUCACCGUUGAGACGGACGAGGACGAGGGCAGCGGAGAGGAGAGCGGCAGCGGGUGCGACUCGCCCUCCUGCGAGGACAACCUGGACAUUUACAUCUCCACGCGCAGCCCCCACCAGCCCGGGGCGCCGCGCGUGAAGGAGGUGAAGACCGGCGAGGGCGACCGCAGCGGCGCCGGGCCGGCCAGCCGGGGCAGCGGGGCCCUGGCGCUGGCGGGGCUCGCCCUGGCUCUGCUCUUACCCCUCUGGAGAUAGACGGACCGCGAGAGAGAUGGAGGGAGAGAGCGAGUGCGCGAGAGAGAGAGAGAGGGAGAGGAAGAGGACACUGUCAGAGGACAUUUUGACUGCCUUCAGGACCUUUGUCUGCCAGCUGGGGAUGAAUUUUGAGCUGUUCACCUUUUAUUCAUUUCGCCCUUCUAGUGUUUUUUUUUUCUUCUUCUUGUGAAUGGACAUUGUUCACCAAUGGGAUCCGAAUUCCAUUACGUUUUAAGUGGUCGUCUUGCAGCCUUUUUUUAAUUGGUUUCCCCCAUGUGAUUGACAGCGUCCGUUUUAAUUCAGUGUGCCUUUGUCUUAUUUUCUUAAGAUGCACACGGUCAUUGUGUGUUUGCGUGCAUGUGUGUGUGUGUGUGUGUGUGUGUGUGUGUGUGUGUGUGUGUGUGUGUGUGUGUGUGUGCGCGCGCGCGUGUGAGUGAGAGAGAGUGUGAGAUAGCGUAUGCAUUCCGUUUCUUAACCACAAUGUAUCUCCUGACAUUUCAGUGUAGUGUAAACCAAUCUCCAAUUUUAGAAGUUUUCAGAUAGGAGGAAUUAGUGUAUUUCAUUGGGGCGGCAGCACCUCUUAAUUUUGUUUUAACCCUGUUUGAUUAUCAUGGAUUUGUGUGCAUGAGGAUAUUGCUUUGAUCAUUUAAUCUGACUUUGGGCCUGUAAUUCUCUGCUCAUAUUAGAAAGAGAAAGUGCUCUGGAUAGAAAACAAAUUCAGACUGAAAAUUAUAUAUAUACACACAUAAUGGAUAGGGCCUUGUUUAUCAUGAGCCAGCUCAGAAAUGCACAACAGAGUGUGUGUGUGUGUGUGUGCACAGGUGUACGUGUGCAUCCCAAAGGGGGUGGAAAUACAGAUUCUGGGGUUGAACAUCAGGAGGGCAUAAGGGAUCUUUGUCCAGUGGAAAAACAAUUGGGUGUGGCUUGGGGAUGUCAGGUGGUUAGGGUAAAGGUUAUGCAAAGCAGCCAUAAAUGAAAGAAAGGUGACUCUCUGCCUCUUUGAUAGAUGGAAGCUUUUGGUGGAGAGUGGGGUGGGGUGGGGUGGGGGGAUGAUCAGAUUAAUACAAGUGGGAAAGGAAAGGGUGAUGGGAUGGCAAUUGUAAUGGUUUGGGUUAAGUUUGGAAGGUUUACAUUGGGAGAAAUGAAAGUAAAGUGUGUAUGUGCAUGCAGUGCGUGCGUAAGUGUGUAUGCUGAAUUUUGGAUCCUCACUCGAUUAAACUUCCUGCAGAUGGGAAGUGUUUGGGCUGGCCCGAUGGGCAGUACUCUAGAGAGAAAGGUCUGAUAGCGUCAUGCACAUUUACAAUGUGGAACGUGCCCAUCAGAAAUGCCUGGGACUUCUCGCUCUACGUUAUGUGUUGAAGAGGGACAAACCAGCCCUCAAAAUGAGCCCCUAAGGAACAAACCCAAUAGCUAGAGGGUCCAGAAAGUAGGAGGUGUAGCAGACUCUGCACAGUCCAUCCCAUCCUAUCACACUAGAGCAGCUCAGCCUCACAGAGUAUUUGAUAGCGUAACUAAAGACAUCAGCUGACCUGACAGAGGUGGGUGGAUUUUGCGUGUGAACGUGCAAGAGUUUUUUUUACAGCUCAGAAAAGCCACCCAAACGGAAUUGAGGGUGGUCGAAAACAAAUCUUUUAUAUGCGGAAGGAGUUUUACUUUCAUACAUGGUACUUAAGUUCAUUUUUAUCUCUAGUUCCAAGAAGGAAGACUGAAGUGUCUGUGUUUGUUUGCACCCCAAAAACUUCCAUCUGUAUACCUCAACUGCGACAGUCUGCUUGUAUGUGCUCAUAUUUCCAAGUGUUUCCAGGGCGUUCUUUGUUUUCUUAUCCCUCUUAGUUCAGCAGGUCAGUCACUUGAGUGCCUGUAUGGCAGCAGUGUACCCAACUUUGCAACCAAGUUUCGUUGUUGUAACCCUGUAAUUUAGGGACACUGGCUGCUACAGUGGUGGGAGGACAGACAGGUCUUGACCAUUCAAAACCCUAACCUUGAUCCUGUGGUUAAGUGCCUGCAAAUGUCCUGUAUGCGUGCAACGGCCAAUGUGAUUGUUGACUAUAGUUGUUUUUUUAUUAUUAUUUAAUUCUUUCGCUUUUUUGAUCUUUGACGAAUAUUGUUAGCGGAAAAAUCAGGUGAAUCAAUAUUUCAGUUUAAACUAACAAGUCUUUCUUUUUCCUGCACCAAACUCGAGCCGUUGACAUCUCCAGAUGCUAUUAAUUGCCUUACAUUAGACAUUGUCAUAGGUUAUGUACAGUAAAUUAUUUAAUGGCAUGUUAAUUUUUUUGGAAAGUCAUUUAGAAGUACGCACUCAAAAUUUGCUUCCAUAGCUAUCUGAACUAUACAGAAUUGAUACAAAUAAAAUAUAUAUUUACAUACACAGAUGCAGAUGGGGGAAAAAGGCAUUUCAGUGGUCUUUGAAGAGUUAACUAGUUUUUAUAAUAACUUGAUGUUUUAUGUUUUUUAAAUGACAUUACACAAUGUAAAAUGGAUUGUAUUUUAUGUCGAGGACUAUUUGUACGGUGAUGGCGUAGACUGACUUAACUGGGUGCUUGGCCAGGUCUGGCCAACUCCCUAUCGAAGGUACAUUUCCAGGGGUCACUAAUUACAGCUGUUGGUAAGCUGGGGGUGAUUUCCUCAAACUCAGCCGGGAGAUGACACUGCCUUGAGAUUGAGUGGAUGUCGGAAUCGCUUAGCAGUUCCUUAUUAGAAAGCUGGGCCAGUCCCUGGACUGGUAACCACAAGCGUGAAAAAAAAAAACAGAAAAACUGGAUUCGCUGAGUGUGUGACGAACCUGACCAAUCACCAGACAGAAGGCAACUGUGCUUGAUAUUCCACACAGUGUUGUCCCGAUGUGAGCUUAAAGUGUAAGAAAUGGGUGGGAAUUAAAUUGAAUUGCGCAGCCCUUGCUGUGUCCAUGUUUCUGUUCGGCCCCCAGCAUUUUUGAAUGACUGUAAAUGAACGCUUGUGUGUGCUUGAGGAAACAGAGCUGGGGGGGGGAGCGUCUUCAGGGCAUCGUUCGCAGAUCAGUGUACGGAUUACGGCGUGGCGGGAAACAGCCCCCACUUCUUCACCAUGCGUAAUAUUCCCAUCUCCAUCACACAUGCCAGGAAAAAAUCAUUCAGUGCUAGGGAUGGUCACUCCAGCUCUCGAGGCUGGGCGCUUUGAGGUUUUCUAGAUAUUAAAUGGCAGGUGACAAAUACCUGGAAUAACAAGGGACUUAAUUUCAGAUCCAAAUAAUGAUUUUAAACCAGUAACUGAGGCUUGAGUUGGAUUGAUGUUCCUGGUGCACAUGAGGGCUGGUUUUGGCCAUCUCUGGUUUUCAAACAACUGGAUAAAUCUGUGUAAAUACUGAGCAGCCAUUUUGUAAUGUUAGAAUCUCUGAAAGAAGCCUUAACAAAUCACUGAAAACCUUACCAAAUCAUGUUUGAAGUGGAGAGAUGGAAAGAAGAUAGAUGCUAAAAUGUAAAAAGAAAAUUGAAAAAAAAUUCUUAGUCUUGUUAAAAUAAAGACAAGUAUUUAAUUUG